GGAGAAUGCUCCACUUCUGCUAUAUAUAUAAGCGAGACUGUUUGAAAUUACAAAAUAUACAAAUAUGAAAAAUAAAAGUUCCAUACAGUGACAAAACAUAAAGAUGAUUUAUUUGUCUAGUUGUUAUUUAUCUUCACAUAAUUCUAAUCAAAUAUUUCAGUAAUUUGAAUGUAGACUUAGAAAUAUUUUAUUUUAUUUAUUUAUAAUCAAUAUUGUAAACUUUUUACCCAUAAAUUUUAAUAAUUGUCUAAUCCUUCUAUUUACUGACUGAAGUCAAAAAAUUAACUGCCUCAAAAAGUAUCAACAUAUUAAUAAAGUGUAUAAAUGUCAAUUUAGUAAGCAAAGAUAAAUAUUUUCUCGACAAAUGUUACUGACAAUUUUUGAGGUUAAUUCAAAGGAAACUGAAUGAUUUGUGUAAUAAACAGUCAAUUGAAGUCACAAAGUGAUGACCAUUCGUAUAAAUUUGACUCGUAGCCGUCCUAUUCGAGCAUUAAGUAGCUUUGCCGUAAGAUGCUGGGCACUUUCGGGCAUUUAUCUUUUUGGUUGUAUAAUUUUGUAUUGGCUCUAUGGCGGAAUAUUUACAUUCUUCCUGCUUUGCUUCGCCACAACCGGUGUGCUGUAUCACAUGGAAGAUGAACUUUUGUAUUAUCCAGAAAUUCCAAAGCAUUCUCGAGUUUAUGUUCCUGCUCCGUCGACAUGCAAUUUGCCUUACCAAAGCUUGUUCAUUCGAUCGAAAGAUGGAACGAUGUUACACAUGUUCUUCAUUCCUCAGACUGCGGAUAAAAUAAAAAGAGCACCGACGGUGCUCUUCCUUCAUGGAAAUGCUGGAAAUAUGGGACACAGGCUUCAAAAUAUAGUUGGUCUCUAUGAAAAACUACAGUGUAAUAUACUAAUGCUAGAAUACAGAGGCUUCGGAUUAUCUCAGGGUUCACCGUCUGAAGAGGGUCUGUACAUGGAUGCUCGAGCGGGAAUCGAGUAUUUAGCAACUCGAAGUGACAUAAAUUCUAAUGAAAUUAUUGUAUUCGGCCGGUCCUUAGGUGGAGCCGUCGCAAUAGAUUUAGCUAGUAAACCCGAAUAUGCGCAGCGAAUUUGGUUUGUUAUUUUAGAAAAUACGUUUACUAGUAUUCCAGAUAUGUCAACCAUUCUCAUUGGACCGAAAUUACGAUACCUUCCACUAACUUUUUACAAAAAUAAAUAUAUGUCACUACAGAAAAUGAGAACACUUACGAUACCUACGCUAUUCAUUUCUGGACUAGCAGAUAAAUUAGUUCCACCAGAUAUGAUGAUGGAAUUAUACAAAGCCUGCAGAAGUCCUUGUAAAAAAAUGGUGCCGAUACCUGCGGGCUCUCAUAAUGAAACAUGGCGCCGUGCUGACUAUUUUCAAAACAUAUUAUCGUUUCUCGAAGAUAUCAGAGAGAAACCUCCUGCUCGAACUGCUUCUACAUGUUGGCAAAUUGACAAUGUUUAGUCCAUAAAUUAUUCAUUUUUUACAUCUUUUAUAGAAAUUAGUAACGAAACAACUAUCAGUGUGAUAAAAAUCAGUCCAUCGCUUAUUCGAAACUUUUUCAGAAAAGAAUUAUACAUAGUAAAUAGAUUUA